AGCCCAUCUGACAGUGAUCCAGCCGUGUUUCGAUGAGGCAGAGGCGCGCACUUGCCUGUGUUGACACUGGACGGAAAUGCGGCGAUGCUCUUGCGUGUGAAAGCGUUUGCAGUGCUCUCUAAGCAGCUACGGACAUAUUUCGCCUCGAAUGAGAGAUUGGGAAGAGGAGGAAGUGCGACCAUCAUCAGAGGAAAAAAACGCUAUCUUUUGGUCCAUCGCGUCUGUUCGGUGGCAGCGGCCCGUCGAUUGUCAGAGGAAGCCGGGGGCUGAAUUGGAAACGUCGCAGGGAUGUGCUGAAAGCUUGAUGAUGAAAGGAGGACGAGGAGGAGAGAGGUGGAGUGAGCCCUUCCUGGCCCAGGACAGGUUUUAAUUAGACACUCGCAAAAGCAGUGCCUGUCUGUGGUCAGGAGGUGAUGGCAGUGUUGACUGAGCUUCACCACCACUAUUACCCAUUCCUACAGAUAGACACUCCCCUCCAGCACGCCUGAGCCUGCACUCAGCGCUGCCUCCUUCCCCUCCUCUCCUUCUGCAUCUAUUCACCCCAGGUUUGAAUUUCACUGUACAUCUACAAUCUUACUUUAUUAUGGCGUGCUACGGACGCUCUCUGGACUCCCCGUGCACACUAGCCUUGCUGGUGGGCUUCCAGUUUGCCUUUGUUCUCUAUUUCUCCCUUGGGGGCUUCAGAGGCCUGGUGUCUGUCCUGGUGCACACCACAGAGCCGGAGUUUGAUUACUCUCGACCUCACGACGUCUAUACCAACCUCAGUCAUCUGGGAGUACCGCCUCCCCCGCCUCGCAACUCUGGCACUGGACCCCCUGCCACAGGACCACCACUGAGAGACUGCCAGAUCCCUUCCCCACUGCUGGUCGGGCCUGUGUCUGUCCAUCUUUCCUCUCCUCUGUCUAUGGAGGAGAUCAGACAGAGGAACCCGUUAGUGUCGCCAGGUGGACGCUACCGACCUCCAGACUGUGAGCCCCGCCACCACACGGCCAUAGUGGUACCAUACCGGAACCGGCAGACCCACCUCCGUGCCCUCCUCUACCACCUCCACCCCUUCCUGCAAAGACAGCAGAUCCACUACAGCAUCUAUAUAGUACAGCAGUGGGGGAACAGUACUUUUAACCGAGCCAAGUUGCUGAAUGUUGGGGUGCGGGAGGCACUCAGAGAUGAAGACUGGAGCUGCAUCUUCCUGCACGAUGUUGACCUGCUGCCCGAGAAUGACCAUAACACUUACACCUGCCACAAACAGUUCCCCACACACCUGUCCGUGGCCAUGGACAAGUUCAAAUACAGGCUGCCGUACCCACAGUAUUUUGGUGGGGUUUCUGCAGUGACCCCAGACCAGUACAUGAAGAUGAAUGGCUUCCCUAACCAGUACUGGGGCUGGGGCGGAGAGGAUGAUGACAUUGCUGCCAGAGUUCGUCUGUCUGGCAUGAAGAUCAUGCGCCCUCCAGUGGCCAUUGGUCAUUACAAAAUGAUCAAGCAUAAAGGAGACAGAGGCAAUGAACAAAACCCACGCAGAUUUGACCUUCUGAAAAGGACCAGACUCAACUGGCGCUCUGACGGCCUCAACUCUCUGACCUACGAGCUCCUUUCCAGAGAGCUGGAGCCUCUCUACACCAACCUCACAGUCGACAUUGGGGAAGACCCCCGUCUGCCCCAGGGGAAAGUACCCUCCCCUGUAAAAACAACAACCCCUGUCAACCAACGUAGCACCGGCAAGACCGGGGGCACAGCCAAACAGGAGAAGAGGCAAGAGAGCAAAGUGGCAAAUAUGACUGUGGCCAAGCCGGCUGGUGAACCUGCCCAGUCAAAGGCAGCAAAUCAAACAACACAGGAGAAGACAGACAUUGCAAGUCGUAAGCAACCCAUUUGCUGCCAGCAGACCUGCAGCUUCAUCCAGUUUGCUCCCAAAAAACUGCUGCUGUCAGUCCGCCCCACUACACGGUGGGUUUGUGUUUCUGUGCCUUCUCUCUUAUAUGCGCAUUUUAUAGACUGGUAUAGUUGCUUUUAGACGCUGACCUGGGGUUAAUUUUACUCCUCGCAGGUAAAUGUUAGAAAGCAGUGAGGCAAAAGCUGAUCCUAGAUCCUGACAAAUGAUUUGUUCAAGGACUGCCGUUUUAUAUUUGUGUGCAUUGAUCAAGCGCUGACCAAUUCCAUAGUUAUCAGACAAUUCUAGAGUUUAUAUUUAUAUGGAGAGACUUCUUUAUUUGUUUAUUAAUUUGUUUUACUCUCCCUUCAAUACAGUCUGGUGCCUCUCUCUCUCUCUCUCUCUCUGACAUUUAGUUCGUAGACAAUCAAAUCAUAUGGGACGAUAACUCUGUGUCCAACCACAUAACAAAAUGAGGAAAUAUUAUCAUGACUAUCUUUACACCUGUCAGAUAAACAUAGACUUGGCAUGAUAGUUGUUGUCUAGUUUGACUAUACUCUUGAUACAUGGAUAGACCUAUGCUUCUGAUAUUAUCUGUCAUUUUAUUAUUUUUCUUUUAGAUUAGUCAGGUAUGGGAAAAAAGCAAAUUUGCAGACAAUAUUGUAGGCACAUGACUACACAUUUACCAGUUUCAGAUUGUAUUUUAAUAAUAAAAACGGUCAUAGUAACGAUAAAGCACUGUGUAUAGAUGUAGGUCAGCUUUUACCUAGAAGGCCUGACACCUUCACAGAGGGUCUCGGUAUAUUAUAAAAGACCAUGGUGCAUCUAAAAGCUAUAAAUGAGUGUCUGCCACUUGUCUGUCUUUAUUCGCUAGAGUGAAGCUUUUGUAUCUUGAAGGAAAGGAGACAAGGAAGAUAAAUAAUUUUAUUCUGAGGGCUGACAAAUCGUGUUCGUCAUUUAUGUUGACAGAUCAAUUAUCAUCUACUUUACAUCUCUCAGACAUUCCGUUUUUUCAUAACCAUUUGGAAUGUAUUAUUUUGAGUUGGGGAGUUUAUCAGGAGAGCUUAGUUAGUUUUUUGGACAUGGACUUGAAUCUGAUCACUCGUAGGAUUUCUUGCUGCUAUUUGACUAGGGGAAUGGUUAACUGUAUGAUUAAUCAGCUUGAAAAAAAAAGACAUAUUGUAACACUAAUGUUCUGGUGUGAAGUUUUAUCAUUCUCACAAGUAGUGUAUUACUUCUGCUAAUUUGAAUGUAUUUAAUUAAUUCAUUUAUUUAUUUAUUGAGUCACUGAUAGAGCUCAAUGCACAGACUUCUAAAGUGCGUAUUUAGUGUUAGCUUCUUCAUUAUAGAGCAGAUUAUUAUUCUUUUAUAUUAUGGCUCCACAUUUCUUGUGUUAACAUCGUGCCUCAUGAAAUAUGCCCAUAUUCCUGAAAGACAGAAGGAAUACUGCUGGGUUAUAUGUGAGCACCAUCAAGUGGCACAGUGUGGCAUAGCUCCAGCCAUGAGGAACCAAGGACUGAAUGAAACUGCAGUGUUGUGACAAGAAUGUUAAUCAUUAAUGUUGGCCAUUCACAGCUUUCAGCCAAUCAAAUCUUUGCAUUGCACUGUGUGCAGGGUUUCUCGUUUGCGUAGUAUCACAUGAUCGAUCCUUCUAGCUUAAAGGUGUAAAGCAACUUUCUAAAUUUGACUGGUUUACGGAACUUACAUGGUGGCUGGUAGUGUUAAUGAAUGGAUAUAGUUUUAUUGAAGGAAUCUGUUUAUUUAUGAUACAAUAUUACCUGUUUUAAACAAAGAGUGCUGUACAAACCGGUUGUCUUGACAGAGUACAUUGAGAGAUAAUAAAGCCCAAUUUCUUAGCUUUAUAUAGUAGUUUAGUUGCAUAUCAAUAGAUAAUAUAUCCUCCAUAUAUCAUAUUGCCGCGGACAAUGCCUGUAUGACAUGAAGCAGUGACACACUGAAAGCUUUUAAGGACGUUAUGUAAUCUCAGCAGAUUAAUUAACAUACUGUGUGCUUACCUGGAGAUUGUUCUAUAUUUAUUAAAUAGGCUAGUUUUUAUAAAGGAUGUUUUCGCAUUAGUGUUGGAAAUAUAUACUGUGUAGUUGAAUGCAAAUUCAGUAGACAGGAUUGGGACUUCAUGGCAACAUUUUUUGUAUUUUAAAGAGUUCAUUUAAUCAUGAGUUCAUUCUGUGAUUGCCGAAAGAUGGGAUGUUUAUGUAUUCGUGGCAAAUGAGAUGUAAUUAGUACAUUACAUGGUAUUUGCAUUAUGUGAUCAUACCUGUCGUUAUCUUAGGUUGCCUUAUUUACUGACCUUGUCUUGUAGAUGACAGAUUAUGUGUGUGUGUGUGUGUGUGUGUGUGUGUGUGUGUGUGUGUGUGUGUGUGUGUGUGUGUGUGUGUGUGUGCGUGUGCGUGUGCUUAGCGUAGAGAGCAAGGUCAUCAAAAAGGGCAACAGAAGCAGUAAACUAUAAUGGACAGUGUUGUGACAGAAAGCAAAUAUGUAUGCCAAUAAAAACACAUAAUCAAAAAAA